GUGGCAAGCAACCUCGUCAGUUACCUCCAUACAACCAGAGGUUCGGACGCAUUGUCUUGGCCAGAAAGCGGUCAUGGGUUCCGCCGUAGACGUUUUUGACUAUAUCAUUGUAGGAGGCGGCACAGCCGGACUGACAGUUGCCAAUCGCCUGACCGAAGAUGCGGACAUCAAAGUAUUGGUGAUUGAAGCAGGACAGGAUCGCACAAAUGACCCUCUGGUUCAGAUCCCAGGCCUCGUCGUGGGAAUGUACGGCAAGCCGGAAUAUGAUUGGAACUUCAGCUCGACUCCUCAGCCGGGUCUCAACAACCGUAUCAUCAACCAGGCGCGCGGCAAGCAACUGGGAGGUUCUUCUGCUCUGAACUUCAUGAUGAUGUUGUAUCCUCCAAGAGGUAGUCUGGACGCUUGGGGUGCUUUGGGAAACAAGGGUUGGGACUAUGAUGCUCUGUCACCGUACUUGAGCAAGUUCGCAACGUUCCAUCCCCCUCCACAAGCCGCGAAAGAUGCCGUGGGCCUCGGGAACCACGACGACGCAGCGGUCGGCAACGGGCCGAUCCAGGUGUGCUUCAGCGAAGGUUAUGGCAAGCCGAACAAGGCCUGGAUGGAGGCAUUUGCCCACCUUGGACUGGAUAUGAAGACCGAUCCGCGGACCGGAAAGGGUCUGGGAGCAUUUCAGCAGGGUGGCAGCAUUGAUCCCGCCACCAACACUCGAAGUCAUGCCGCUAGCGCCCAUUAUACUCCUGAGAUCGCGAGCAGGUCGAAUUUGACGGUCAUCACGGAGACGGUCGUCCAAAAUAUUAUCUUCGACGCAUCAAAAGACGAGCCUGUUGCUGUCGGUGUGCUUGUUCGGACCCGGGCGGGCGCCGAAAUGACGCUCUUGACUGAUGGCGAGAUCAUCCUGGCUGCAGGAGCCCUCAUGUCGCCCCAAAUCCUCGAGCUGUCUGGCGUCGGAAGCAAGUCCCUCCUUCAGAGCUUGGGCAUACCCGUUCUUGUCGAUAAUCCAAGUGUCGGCGAAAAUCUCCAGGACCAUCCCAUCACAUGCCAGUCGUUCGAGGUCAAGCCUGACGUCCUCUCAGGCGACGUGCUGAGGGAUCCCAACGUCCUUGGAGCUCUUCUCCAGCAAUUUCAGGACGGCGGUAAGGGGCCCCUGGGUCAGUCUAACAUCAGCGUCGCGUAUGUGCCCCUUGCGAAUGGGGCGGGCGUCUGCUCUGAGGACGCCAAGAAGUCACUGUUUGCCUCUCACCGCGAACAUGCGCAGACCCCUGAGGCAAAGAUGCUCUGCAAGCUUCUCCAAGAGCAGGAUGAGCCAGCCGUGCAGUAUUUCUUGUUUCCCUCACAAGCACACACUGUCAUAGACAACCCGUCCAGCAUGGCCGAUUAUCUCUUGCCGACAAGUCCGGAGAAUUACUUGACGGUCAUGACGAUGCUGAACCACCCAUUCUCCCGUGGCAGUGUCCACAUCACCAGCGCCGACGUUGACGAACUCCCUAGGUGGGAUCCAAAUUUCAACUCGAAUCCGCUUGAUCUGGAGAUCUCUGGUCGCCAUGUCCAGUUUGUCGAGUUGCUUCUCCGUACGGCUCCAUUCGCAGAUCUUUUCAAGCCUGGCGGUGCUCGCAUUCCGCAGCUCAAGGGCGAUACCCCAGAUCAUGCGAGAGAGGUUGUUCGGCAAAGUCAGGUUUGCUGCUUCCAUCCGUGCUGUAGCUUGGCGAUGAAGCCAAGGGAGACAGGAGGUGUCGUUGACAGUAGAUUGAGAGUAUAUGGCACCAAGGGCCUGAGAGUGGUUGAUGCCAGUGUCUUUCCAGUUCAAAUUGCGGGGAAUAUCCAGAGUAUGGUUUAUGUCGUUGCAGAGAAGGCUGCCGACAUUAUCAAAGAGGACAGGUUGAGUAAGUGAGCGCUCCAAGAGGCAGACCGGGGCUCGAGCUUCUGAGCCAAGGAGCCAAGGUCAAGAGCUUGGUCAGGUUAGGAUUGUUUCCCAGACACGUAAUGCUGCUUCGCCGGCAAAUCAUGGGGUGGUAGGAAGAGCUGAAAUUCCGAGAGAAGAACAAAGUACUCUGGCCAAUAAUGAGAGAG